UGUCUGGAGCCUUGGCAGGUGAAAACUUAAUUACCUUUUGUUUUUGCUGCUUUUAGAAAUAAAUCUCUUUUUUUUUAAGUCUACAGCCAACACUUGAAGAGAUUCGGUCCUGGACCCAUAACUUUGAUAAAAUGAUGAGCAAUCCUGGUGGAAGAAAUAUUUUUAGAAAGUUUCUACGUUCAGAGUACAGUGAAGAGAACUUGCUUUUCUGGCUUGCUUGUGAAGACUUGAAAAACGAAAAAAACAUUAAUGUGAUAGAAGAAAAAUCUAGGACCAUUUAUGAAGACUAUAUUUCUGUCCUUUCGCCAAGAGAGGUUAGCCUUGACUCUCGAGUGCGAGAAGUGGUCAACAGGAACUUGACAGAGCCAAAUUCUAACAUGUAUGAUGAAGCUCAGCUUCAGGUAUAUACUUUAAUGCACAGAGACUCCUUCCCAAGGUUUUUGAACUCUCCUAUAUACAAGUCUCUUCUUCAGCGUAGGACAAGCUCUACUUCAGAAACCUAAUUAUCAAAAGAGAGAUGGGAUAUUUAAUAUUUAAAGUGAAGCAAUUUAAAACCACCUGAUGCUGAAGCACUACUCAAGCUACUGUGAAAGAACACAGUCACUGUCUGUUCUUUUGUAGUAUGUUCUCACUCAUAAAUCACAAUAAUAACUUAAUCAGUUAAAACUAUAAUAUUUUUAGUGGUUUUAACUUUAAGUGUAACAUUGUGAUAUUGAAAGAAUAAAUAUAUUCUGAUUUUUUUUAUUGCAUAUAGCAAGAAGGGAAUUUUGAUGGACUGCUAAGUAGCUGCAGGAGUAAAAUGCAACUACUCUCAAACUGAUAGUAAAACGCUUAAAGAUGAUGGUCAGUAAAUGAAGGGAAUUACUGUAUGUUUCAAGAGGUCUCAAAAUGUAUAUUUUAUCAGGAGCCUUGAAGAUUUGGGAAAAUUUGCUUCCCUUAUGGAAGCAGGGCACAGCACUGAUGUUCUUUCUAGAUUAAUCUGAUUGGACAGAAAAAAAGGUGAAACUCCUAAAAUGGUUUGUCAACUUAAUGGUUACCAUUUUCAUACAGUUUCUGUCUCACCGUCUAUAUUUCAGAAUGGGGUAUAAGAGCUACUUAUCACUACUAACAAAACCAUUCACCUGGAUUCCUGUAGUCUUUCACUGCAAAAGAAGCACAAAUAUUAAAAGGGAUCCAAUAAUAGAUGUGUGCUGUUUUAUAACAUAAAGAUGUUUAUUGUCUUGUACUGAUAUCUUCAAGCUUUACCAGUACCUGAACCGUUAACUUUCCAUGUUGUUUUUGUAUAUGUGUAUGCAUUAAACAAAGUAAUCUUGAUACUUUUUUGGGCAUAAGGUACCACCACAUUAGAUUACCUGUUUCUACAUUGGCAUUGAUAUAUUUAAAGAAAAUACAUCAAAAACACAUGUAAUUUGAUGUAAGAUAAACACUAAGGGCUGAUUUAACUUACAUUUACAGCACUGCAAAAAGGAGGUUGGAAGUUUGCCUUGACCACUUAACCUCCUGUUAAUGAUAAUAUGUAUUCCUCAGAUAAUGCUUUUGAACAAAGUAUAAAUGUCAACUCCUCUGGCAUAUCUUAUAUACAGUUAAUGUACAGUAAAAACUAAAAUUUAAUAAGGAGAUUAUCUGGGAUGUUAUGAGUUCAGGAAAGGGUGCUUGCCACGACUGUAUUGCUUUUCACAGUGAGACAUGUUGUGCUGUAAGCCUGCAUUCUGGUAUGCCAGACAAGCAAUAUGUACCAACAUCCAUUUCUGUAGUUUACCCUGUAGAAACAUCAAAUUAUAAAACAGCAGAGUGAACUACUUUAUAUAUCUUAUUACUUGGUUCACAUUUAAUACUGAAACACACUCAGCAAUAUGUAGAAGGAUCAUGGUGCACAGCUGUUAAGGAUCUGUGCACAUUAAUAUUGUAAUCAAUGGUACGACACUAACUUUGCUUUUGUUUUAAAUGCGCCUGAAAAGCUUAGUAAUUUGGUUCAUAAAGUUUUCCUUGCAUUCCGCACUGUAGCUAAAUGUAAAUCAGGCAAUACAGCACAAUGCUUAACCAAGUGCCACAAAGUAUUAAAAGUAUUAUUUGUUCAAUUGUAACAUCACAUUAAAAAUAGUGCAUUUUUUAUGAACCCCUUUUAUCGGACCAGUUUCAGAGACAUUAUUUGUUCAGAUAUAGGGUGGUUCAUAUCCACAAGAUUUAAUACUGGGGGACACCCUCCAGUUUUUAUAAGAGGUCAGUCUGAGUAAAAGAGGUUCUCUUGAAUUUGAUCACUUUGUUUUAAUGUUCAUGUAAACAAGCAGUGUAAAUGCUGCAGGAUGUACAGCUGCACGCUGCCUGAAUAACUUUCACAUGCUAGUGAACACCUUUAAUGGAUGCAGAGAAGAUGCCUUGAUGUUGUUUUUGAAUAUUUCACUUCACUUUCUUUUUUGUGCAUUUUGCACAGCACCACCGGAUAUUUGUUUAAAUGCUGACUGAGUGCUUUUAAGUGUAAAAGUAAUAAAAAAAACUAAUCAUAGCUUCAUAACAAACACAAUAACCCCAAUAAAGCUGUUUGUAUGGUUAUUUGUUUUAACAUUAAAAUACUGGCCUUAUAUGUUUAAUUAUUUUUUAAAACGUCAAGUUUUGCCACUACCUCUCAUGUAUGUUAUGUUAAUUGACAUUUUAAUCAUUUAUGUAAAAUUUUAACUCAUGUCUACUUGAAGCCUGACACUGUAAAGCUUCUGCAUGUAAAACAAACUUAUUAAGAAUACAGGUGUAAAGAAUUCAGGAAAUAACUGUGUAAGGGCUAAUCUUGUAUUCCCUAUGCAAAUAUUUGACCAUUGUAAUAUAUUUGAGAAAUAAAGGUUUUAAAGCUUUUCUGCAAAGCCGAAGAUAACAAGGUUUAUGCCUACUAUUGCUGAUUAUUCUAUCAUAUUUAGCGCC